AUGAAUAGGAAAACCCCCAAUAUGAUUAGAAACACCAAUGCGAGAAGCAAAAGGAAUGAAUUGAAUGAGGAACAGAAACUGGAAAUAAAAGAAGCGUUUGAUCUUUUUGACACCAAUGGGACAGGUAGAAUCGACGCGAAGGAGCUGAAGGUUGCCAUGCGAGCAUUAGGAUUUGAGCCCAAGAAAGAGGACAUUCGAAAAAUAAUUUCUGAUGUUGACCAAGACGGAUCCGGAACAAUUGACUUUAACGACUUUUUGGAUAUCAUGACAAUAAAGAUGAGUGAACGAGAUCCAAAGGAGGAAAUACUCAAGGCCUUUCGCCUCUUCGACGAUGACGAAACUGGAAAAAUAUCUUUCAAGAAUUUAAAACGAGUUGCGAAAGAGCUUGGGGAAAAUAUAACUGACGAAGAAAUACAGGAGAUGAUAGAUGAAGCUGAUCGAGACGGAGAUGGCGAAAUAAACGAAGAAGAAUUCAUGCGGAUUAUGAAAAAAACCAACUUGUUCUAG